CAAAGGUGUAAUUCCUUCAUCGCCCCCACCCCCAUGCGCGGGGAUAUCUCAUAUCCAAAGCUCUCCCGCCAUGCCGGUCCACUCCUUCGAACCAAAAUGCAUCCCGCUUCGCAUCCCGCCUCGUCCCCCCUCGACUCCCUCCUCCCCUGUUUUCCUCUCGUCUCCCGCAACUCGCAAGACCACCAGCCGGCACGAGCCAGCCAAGCGAGCCCGCAAGACCAGACCCGCCGCCUCCGUCCUCCCCUUCCGAAAACCAGCCCCGACCCCUCUCUCGUCCAACCACAGGCCCCGCCCUCGCACCAAGCUCGAGGCUCUCGACCGGGUGGUCGGCGACCUCGAGGCCUCGGCAGCCGACGGCGUCGCCAUCGACGUCGGCAUCUUCGCCUCCGUCCUCGAAGCUUGCUACCAGUUAGGGGCCUUCCACCAGGGCCCGGUUCACCGGUUGAUACCCACCAACCUGCUGAGGCGGAAUGUGGGGCUGUCGUCGAAGCUCCUGCGGUUGUACGCCAGCGGCCGCGUCGGCGAUGCCCACGAGGUGUUCGACCAAAUGCCUAAGCGGGACGCGUCGGCCUUCGCUUGGAACUCGCUCAUCUCGGGGUAUGCCGAGCUGGGUCAGCACGAGGACGCCCUCGCGCUCUACUUUCAAAUGGAUGAAGAGGGCGUCGAGCCCGACCGGUAUACUUUCCCCCGUGUUCUGAAGGCUUGUGCUGGAAUUGGGUCCAUUCGGAUUGGCGAGGCAGUGCAUAGGCACGCGGUUCGUACCGGUUUCGUUUCCGAUUGCUUUGUGCUCAACUCGCUCGUCGACAUGUAUGCGAAGUGCGGCGACAUUGUUCAGGCUCGCAAGGUGUUCGACAAAAUGCCGAGUAGGGAUCUGGUUUCUUGGAAUACAAUGUUGACGGGUUAUAUACAUCAUGGGCUUCUGGUGGAGGCCGUGGAUUUAUUUUGUAGGAUGAUCCAGGAUGAAUUUCAGCCGGAUUCAGUGGCAAUAUCUGCCAUUCUAACUGGUAUUUCAUCAUUGAAGCUUGGGCUCCAGGUGCACGGUUGGGUUGUUCGGCUAGGAUUGGAGUGGACUUUGUCCAUUGCUAAUUCUUUGAUUGUUGUCUAUUCUAAUCAUGGAAUGUUAGAUAAAGCGCGUUGGAUUUUUGACAACAUGGCCGAACGGGAUGUUGUGUCGUGGAAUGCUAUUGUAUCUGCCCACUCCAAACUCCCUCAUGCUCUGUCAUAUUUCGAGCAAAUGGAAAAGGCUGAUGUUAUGCCAGAUCGCAUUACAUUUGUGUCAUUGCUAUCCACCCUUGCUCACAUAGGUCUCGUUAAAGAUGGUGAAGAGUUGUUCUCAAGAAUGAGAGACAAAUAUGGAAUUGAACCCAGCAUGGAGCACUAUGCUUGUAUGGUUAAUCUGUAUGGAAGGAGAGGGAUGGUUGAUGAGGCUCAUGCGAUGAUUGCAGAAAGAAUGGAGUUUGAGGCUGGUCCAACUGUCUGGGGAGCUCUGCUGCAUGCUUGCUAUGUUCAUGGCAAUGUUGAAAUAGGAGAAGUUGCUGCAGAAAAGCUCUUUGAACUCGAGCCAGAUAAUGAACACAAUUACGCACUUCUAAUUAAGAUUUAUGAGAAUACGGGCAGAUUGGAUGAUGUGGAGAAGAUGAGAAUGAUGUUGGCAGAGCGAGGGCUAGAAUUGGAAACUUGCUAGGCUGCACAAAAAGGGAAGGGGUAGAACCCGUGAUAUUUCCUUUGUAAAAUCCUGGAAUUUUAUGUGUACAUAUCGAGAAGAGCAUGAAAUUCUUGAUCUUGAGCCUUGUAUGAUCUUCGUCUUUGGAUGGAUUGCGAGAACAGUCAAGAGAUAAUUACCUUGAAUUUCACUUACCAAAGCUGAUUGUUUGAGAUGGUUAUGAGAGAGAUUGGUUUGAUUGGACCAAACGUGGCUGGGACUACCUCAGGUUAGCAAAAGAAACGGGGAAGUGGGCUUUGCUUGGGAUGGAGCAAUGACAACGGAUUCAAUGGGAGAGGCAGGUCGGGCUCAUUAUCUAGCUAAUUUUCAGGCUAAAUCAGUGGGGUUAGUACAGUACAUACCUUCUGAGUGAACCUCUCUCCACAGUCACAGGUUAUGCGUAGUGCUUGUUUUGAUACAUUAAUGAAUAUCAUUGAAUGACAUAUAGCUAUUGGAUUGAUGCUGAAGCCAAAUGGGUAGGAUUGAUGAACGUGGGCUUUCAGAUCCCACGACGCCGGUCCCAUCACCAAGCUUUUGCAUCUCAUUUUAUUCCUAUGUGAUGAAAGUAGAUUUCCGUUGCACACAUUCACCCUCCUUCUGCAUAUACUGAAACCGG